AUGGUCGCCAACACGGGUACUGAAGCGGACUCCCACGUCCCUGCCAAUCCCACGUCUGAACAGCCCGCUUCCAAGUCAAUUGGCGCGGAGGAAUCUGCACCUGCUUCAGAUGCUGCGAAGGCUUCUGGCGCCGAUACAAACCAGCAGAAGCGAGAGCGAGAUGGUCGAUCCCGGGCGCAACAAAAACGCAAGCGCAAGGCCCCGCUUCCCGACCGCUUCAACAAUAAGAAGAAGAAGCUCGAAGACGCCGGUUCCACCCCCGACGGCGUAGAAAUCGACGAUCGAGACCGGGCUCCCCGCAAGCCAAGGGCGAACCCUUUCUCCGCCGAGGAGAUCGCCGCCGAAGAGCGCCGGCCCAAGAAGAAGGUUGCCGUGCUAUUCGGCUACUCGGGGACGGGCUACCGAGGCCUACAAAUCAACAACGAAGAAAAGACGAUAGAAGGCGACGUGAUGAAAGCCUUCAUCGCUGCGGGUGCCAUCUCCAAGGCCAACGCCGACGACCCGAAGAAAGUAAGCCUCAUGCGCUGCGCCAGAACGGACAAGGGCGUGCACGCGGCGGGCAACGUUCUUAGCCUGAAGCUCAUUAUCGAGGACGAGGACGUCGUGGAGAAGAUCAAUUCGCAUCUGCCGCCGCAGAUCCGCGUGUGGGGGAUCCAGAGGACGAAUAAGGGCUUUAGCUGCUACCAGUCGUGCGAUUCGAGGUGGUAUGAGUAUCUGCUGCCGAGCUACUCGCUCCUGCCGCCGCAUCCGGAUAGUUUUCUGGGGCAGAAGAUUGCGCAGUUUGCGGGGGAGAAGGGGGUAGUUGAGGAGUUGAGGGAGAAGAAUGCUGAUGUGGGCAAUUUUUGGAGGGAGGUGGAUGAGACUUGCAUUCGGCCUAUUCUGGAGAAGCUGGAUAUUGAGAUGAGGACGGCGGUGCUGGAUAGGUUAAAGAUUAAUAUCGACAUACCGGUAAAUGAUGCGACAAAACCCGCAGCGGAGAGCGCGGCCCCGGUGGCCACCGGUACUACAUCCGAUGCCCCCAAACCUCCUUCCCCGGCCGCCGACCCCGUCCCAGCGGACCCGACCCCCAACGAAGACGGCUCCCCCUCUGGAGAGGGCUCCUCGGACAAUGCCGCCAAAGACACAACCAGCUUCGCCCAACGCGAACUCGGCCCCGCAGACUUCGCCCUUCGCGAUAUCAAGCUCGCCUACGUCGCCGCCAAGCGCCGCUUCCGUAUCUCCCCUCCCCGCCUACAACGACUCCAGUCCGCCCUCAACGCCUACCUUGGCACGAACAACUUCCACAACUACACAGUGCAAAAGUCCUUCAAGGACCCCUCAUCAAAGCGCCUCAUCAAAUCCUUCGUCGUCAACCCCAACCCCGUCAUCAUCGGCGACACCGAGUGGCUCUCCCUGAAAGUCCACGGCCAGUCCUUCAUGAUGCAUCAGAUCCGAAAGAUGGUCGGCCUCGCUACCCUCGUGACCCGCUGCGGAACCGAUCCGGCUAUCAUUACCGAGACGUACGGCGCCGCACCUAUCGCUAUCCCCAAGGCACCGGCGCUGGGUCUCUUAUUGGAACGACCCGUUUUUUCGAGCUAUAAUGCGAAGGCUACGGGGACGCUUGAGAGGGAACCGAUUGAUUUUGAGAAGUACGAUGAUGUUAUUGAACCGUUCAAGAGGGAGCACAUAUAUACGCGCAUCUUCGAGCACGAAGAGAGGGAGCAUACAUUCCACAGCUUCUAUCAGCAGAUUGAUAGCUUCCGAAGUAACUUCUUCCUCUGGAUCACGCCCGGAGGCAUUGCUGCUGCGAAGUUACGUCAAGGCUUUACGGAGGAGGAUGCCGCCGAGGAUGAGAAGCUUAUGAAUAAGCAGCUGGGCGAUGAAGAUGAUGAAGAUGUUAACCCCGAAGAAGGGGAGGGCUGA